GCUUUUCAUAUGAAAUGUAUCGAUCCCUGGCUAUUAUGUAAUCGUCGAUGUUGUCCUAUAUGUAAUCAGCUAGUUGAAUUGCCAGGCGCACCUUCAGUAUCCGAUGAGACUGAAAUUAUAGAAAGUGGUAACAAUGAUUUCUUACGACAAAUACCAAGUAGACUACUAAAUUUUUUUAGACGUAAUAAUCAUGAAUCAGUCAGUACUCGACGUCAUUCAGUAGACUCCGGUCAAUCUAAUGAACAUUAUCAAAUUGAUGAAGAGCAUACUCCUUUACUGCAAACUGAUACCAUUCAAAAUCAACAUGUUUGUAGUGAUAAUGUUAUACACAAUUCUUUCCUAACAACAACAAGACGUCCUGAGAUUCAUUCUUCAUUACUAGUUGAUGAAGAUGAUGAAAUGUUACAAUCAGAUUUAGUUGAUCUGAAACAAUCAUGUAGUCGAUCAAGUUCAAGUCCAACGGCUAUUGAAUCUUUAAAAUAUUUGUCAUAA